UAACUUUUCCUCUUUCUCUUUCUAAACCAUUCUUUCUCCCUCAUCAAAACAUUCUUUUUAUUAUUUAUUUGUCUCCUAAAUGAACUAAAGGCAUCACAGGCACACAUUAGUAAAGGCAGCAAAUCUCCUCCCCAUUUUCAUUCUUGAAGCUUCAAAUCAUCCGUUGCAAUGGUUCUUCAAAGAUACAUUUUCAUGCUUGAAGCUUCAAAAUAAAGAGUUUCCAAUAAAAAUAUAAACUUUCAUUCUUGAAGCUUCAAAUCAGUGGCAAUGGUUUUUCAUCUUCUUUUCAUCUUCUUCGUUUACUUCUUGGUAGCCACAAACUCGUUGUCUAGUCCACCUUCUAAAUCCAAAACAACCCUCACUUCAAAUGAAGAUGUUAAAUUAUUUUUUUUCAAACAAACUUUGGAUCAUUUUAACUAUCUUCCAAAAAGUUAUACAAAGUUUAAACAAAGAUAUUAUGUAAACUUCAAGUAUUGGGGUGGUGCUAAUUCUAGUGCCCCAAUACUUGUCUAUUUGGGAGCAGAAAGUGAAAUGGAAAUGCCAGAUGAAGAGUUUUUGACUGAUUAUGCUGCAUCCUUGAAUGCUUUACUGGUGUACAUUGAGCAUCGCUACUACGGUAACUCGGUUCCCUUUGGAUCAAAGGACAAGGCAUACAAGAAUGCAAAUACAUUGGGCUAUUUAAACUCAGAACAAGCCCUAGCAGAUUACGCGGCCGUGCUCAUAGAUUUAAAGAAUUCAUUACAUGCUCAAGAGUCGCCUGUAAUCGUGAUGGGAGGAUCGUAUGGCGGAAUGCUUGCUGCAUGGUUUAGGCUGAAAUAUCCCCAUGUGGCCAUUGGGGCACUGGCAUCAUCGGCUCCACUCCUAUACUUCGACAAUAUCACACCUCAAAGUGCCUAUUAUGAUGUUGUUACAAGGGAUUUUAAAGAAGCGAGUGAGACAUGCUAUAAAUUUAUUCGGAACUCUUGGUCUGAAAUCGACAAAGUAGCGUCUCAGAGAAAUGGUCUUUCCAUUCUAAGCCAGAGAUUCAACACUUGCUAUCCUUUGGAGCAACAUGAUGAGUUAAAAAAUAACCUGAAGAGCCAAUAUUUCUACUCAGCCCAAUUUGAUUAUCCUCUAGUCAUGGAUAUCUGUAAGGGUAUUGAUGAAGCUGCUUUUGGAAGCGAUAUCCUCAGUAGGAUAUAUGGAGGUGUUGUUGCUUUUCAGGGAAACAAGAGAUGUACUACUAAUGCCGAUAAGUAUAUGGAAGACACAUUUAAUGUUUAUGAGUGGCAGAGAUGCACUGAGAUAGUGAUGCCUACCGGCAUAAAAGGAAAUUCAACCAUGUUUCAACCUAUGCCUUUCAGCUUCAAAAACUAUGCUAAGAAGUGCAAGAAAAAGUUUGGAGUCUCACCUCGACCUCAUUGGAUCACUACUUACUAUGGAGGUCAUAAUAUGAAGUUGGUUUUUCGAAGAUUUGGUAGCAACAUCAUAUUUUCAAAUGGACUUAGAGAUCCUUAUAGUAGUGCCGGAGUUCUAAAAAACUUAUCCGAUAGUCUCGUUGCGCUUACUACCGUCAAUGGAACUCACUGUAUGGAUCUUAUGGUUGCAAGUGAAAGUGAUUCAAAUUGGUUGACUGAGCAAAGGAGGAAAGAGGUGGAGAUUAUGCAUGGAUGGAUUAAACAAUAUUAUGCUGAUAUUGAUGCAGUAGGGCAUUGAAAUUCUAGAAUAAUGAUAUAGGAUGAAAAAAGAUUAAUAUUUUCCAAGAUUGCUUCCGAGUUUACACAGGAAGUGGUGGUAUAUUGUCAAGGAACAUUAGUUUUAAUUACGAAUAAUUUACAUUAAUGUGUUUUUUUCCUGUCACCAAUUUAAACCAAUGUUAUUUUUGCCA